CGAACUUCCUGGUCCGCAGACAGCCCAGGAGAGCGACAGCAGCAGGGGACCCCGGAGCCAUGGGGUGCACUCGCGACGCCAUCCUCGAUGCGCUGGAGAACCUGACUCCGGAGGAGCUCAAGAAGUUCAAGCUGAAGCUGCUUUCAGUGCCCCUGCGCGAAGGCUAUGGGCGCAUCCCGCGGGGCCCCCUGCUGUCCAUGGAUGCCAUGGACCUCACAGACAAGCUGGUCUCUUCCUAUCUGGAAGAGUACGGUGUAGAGCUCACAGCACUCGUGCUGCGCGAAAUCGGCAUGAAGGAGCUAUCAGAGCGGCUGCUGGAGGUCACGCGCAAAGGCCACGCAGCCGCACCUGCUGGGAUCAAGGCUUCUCAUCAGACUGCAGCCAACCCAGCAUCGCACUUUGUGGACCAGCACCGGGCAGCCCUUAUCGCACGGGUCACAGACGUGGAUGGGGUGCUGGAUGUCCUGUAUGGUAAGGUCCUGACAGAGGAGCAGUACCAGGCAGUGCGAGUGGAGUCCACCAACCCACUGAAGAUGAGGAAGCUCUUCAGCUUUGCUCCAUCCUGGAAUGUGACCUGCAAAGAUGCGCUCCUUCAGGCCCUGAGGGACACCCAGCCUUACCUGGUGGCCGACCUGGAGCAGAGCUGAGGUGUCUUCACCAGCAGCGGCCCCAUGUACAACCCCUGGCAGUUCUAGCCAACUUACCCCAAAUCUGAUUUUUCUUAAUCAUAAUAUAUGAAAAUGCAGCUUGUA